UAAUGAAUGACUGACUAUAAAUGGAGUGGUUUCGGCUCACUUUUACUGAACUUACUCUAAUACUUUUCUGAGCAGAGCAGUGCCAGAAUGUUACUUGCCUCAGAUCUUACCACAACUUCUGCUACUUGGGCACUGUCCUUUAUUCUACUGCAGAGUGUGGCACAUCAUAGCUGUAAUAUGAACAAACAAGGUGACAGAAAAUUGACCCGUAUAGUCCCAUUUCUGAUGGCGUCCUUGGUGUAUUCAGCUCUAGCCGAGUACUCGAACUGUGGUGAAAAUGAAUAUUAUAACCAGACAACAGGUCUGUGCCAUAGCUGUCCAGAGUGUGAACCGGGGGAAGAGCCAUAUAAUUCUUGUGGAUAUGGAAUGAAAGAUGAAGAUUAUGGUUGUAUUUCCUGUCCAACUGGCAAAUAUUCUAAAGGAGGCUACCAAAUAUGCAGGAGACACAAGGAUUGCGAUGGAUUUUUCCGAGCAACAGUUUUGACUCCAGGAGAUUCUAAGAAUGAUGCUGAAUGUGGACCCUGCCUUCCAGGAUUCUACAUGUUAGAGAGCCGCCCUAAAAGCAUUUAUGGAAUGGUUUGUCACUCUUGCUCCCUAGCACCUCCCAACGUCAAGGAGUGUAUUGGAACUCCUCAUUACGUACUUGGGAGCUCAACCAAAGUCAUGGGCUCCAGCACUACCUCUCCUUUCCAGCAUGCCCAUAAAGUGGACGUGCAAGGGCAGGGAAAUUUGGCAACUGCUCUUAUUAUCGCAAUGUCGACAAUAUUCAUCAUGGCCAUUGCUAUUGUCCUCAUCAUCAUGUUCUACAUGGUCAAGACCAAGCCUUCCGUUCGAGCAUGCUGUACAAUAAAUUCAAAGAACGUAGAAGCUCAAGCCAUUCCACAAGAAGAAAAAAAAGAAGCGCCGCCUGAAAAUGUCGUCAUCUAUGCUGAAAAAGAUGAGUUUGAAAAACUCUCAGAAACACAGACAAAAACUGAAAAAAAUGAAAAUGAUGCCUCCUCUGAGAAUGAACAUCUUCUGAGUCGGAGCAUGGAUAGUGAUGAGGAAGCAGCUCUUGACAAACAAGGGACACCCGAACUCUGUCUCCUGUCCUUAGUUCACUUGGCAAAAGAUAAAUCAGCUGCAAAUAAUAAACUGACUGGGAUUCAAAGUAGAAGGAAAAAGAUUCUAGACCUUUAUGCAAAUGUGUGCAAUGUUGCAGAGGGACUGAGCCCUACAGAACUGCCAUUUGACUGUCUGGAGAAGACGAGCAGGAUGCUAAGUUCUACUUAUAAUACAGAAAAGGCAAUCGUGAAAACGUGGCGCCACCUUGCUGAGAGUUUUGGUUUAAAGAGAGAUGAAAUCGGAGGAAUGACAGAUGGACUUCAGCUUUUUGAUCGGAUCAGUACAGCUGGAUAUAGCAUCCCAGACCUGCUCACUAAGUUGGUACAGAUUGAAAGACUAGAUGCAGUGGAAUCUCUAUGCACAGAUAUUGUGGAAUGGGCACAAGCUACUCCUACUAUAACACCACCUACAGUGCCUAAUAAUGAAAGUUUAUGAAGAGUUAUUGGACGCAUGAUAGACGCUUAUAAUGGAACACAGGAGGACAGAUCUCUCCUGAUGAUGAGCCACCAGACAUAAUGUCUUGGUACUACAGAGGGUCAAGAAAGGGCACUUAAGCCAUGAUAUGUAGCAUCAGGAAGCAUAUAUCGCUUUGUAGGAGACAAAGGAACAUAUAAAACUCUUUGUAUUGGAGAGUGAGGACAUGUGAGGACAGUGACCACUGAAUAACAUUAUUUAAUACUUAUGUUCUUUAAAUUAAACCUGACUUCAGAAGGACUUCUUCUCUGGGAUUUCUAGUUUCUUAAGAACCAAAGACUUACUUUUCUGAAACACAUCACCUGCCUUUUAUACAGGUUUACUCAGCUGGAACUCAAGCUAAAUGUGGUUUAUUUCCAAGUAAGGUGAUAUUUCUGCACACAGGCUAUAAUCACACAUUUCAGAAUCUUUCAUCAGUUAUUUAAAGCUAAAGAUUAUUUUAUUUCUGGCUUAAUCCAAAGCAUUUUGGAAUGGGGCAUUACCAAUGGGGGCAUUACCACAACCAGUGAGUUGGACCUCCAGUGAUUUUUGGAAUAACCAAAUAAUGAUAUAUUUAACCAGUGUGGGACCGAGCUGCAGGUUUCCCAAGCAGGGGCCUAGCAUAUAGUUUUUAAUAAAGAUGUAUUGGUAAGUGAUACCAGUUCAAUAAAGCAGCUCAUUUAUAUGGGCCAAGGGUCGGCAACCUGCAGGACUCCAGUUGGUCCUCCAAACUACAACUUUCAGCAUGCUCACCUUCGCAACUAUGCCCUGACCUCCCAUAGAAAUAAAUGGAACAUGCUGAAAAUUGUAGUUUCAACAGCUGGAGUGCCAAAGGUUGCUGAGUGCUGACCCCAGAUAUAAGCUAUAAAAAAUUUAUAUUCUUAGAAAUCCCCUUUAAAGGGGUUGUCAAGCCUUAUCUUAAGUGAUGGCCUGUCCUCAGAAUAGGCCAUCACUAGCUGAUCGGUGAGGUCCACAUCCUGCAACCCCACUGAUCAGCUGUUCUGUGUAGCUCCGUCACUAGAAGUCAGCGCCAGAGCUACACAGUACCGCCAACAUCGUAGCGUACAGUGCUCCUCACUGCAGCGCUGCUGCCACUGACUUCCUAUCGACCCCCACUGAUCAGCUGGUGAUGGCCUAUCCUGAGGGUGGGACAUCACUUAAAAAGGCUGGACAAGUCCUUUAAGGAUUAGUUUUCUAUUGAGGUUGCAGUAUUUUUGACAGCAUGAAUAGUGCUGCCGAUGGAACUAUUCUUGCCAUUAAAUAUACUUGAAACUAGGAGAGAAAAAGCAUAACAAAACUUUUUAAUAGAGCCUGAACCAAAUGUAACUUACUUUUCUCACAAACAAUGACAGCUAGGGAAAGAAUGAGUUUAGAUAAAAAAUUAAGUGUUAUUUUAUUACACAUUUAUUGAUGCCAUUUAAACUGAAAUGUAUUAUGGUUGUGUCCUAAUGGUCAUACUGCAGGAUACUUGUCACUUUGCUCUUGAAUGUUGUACUUACCAUUACUUUAUUACAUACCACAAGGUUUUCUGUGUUAGUGCCCUAUUGAAUGCAGUCAUUUUCCAUUUUAUUUAUCAUAGAUGGGAACACGCUUAAAGGAUAUGUACACCUUUGGGGGCUUUCUUUUAUUAUUGCAUUAUACUUAUUUUGAGCUAAAAUCAUUCUUUCAAUUGGUCUUUAUUAAAAAUAUGGAAUCCUUUUUUUUGUACAUAGCUGAGAUGCUGUGGUAGCAGCCUGUGGAUUUUCUGUCUUUUCAGUCAUUUGGGGAGCUGUGGGGCUCCUUAUAUCUGAUAUUAUAAACACUCAGUAGUUUAGCAAUAAGGGUUAGUAGAUGACCACAAAGUGAAAGUGAAAGUACCGUCACAGUUAGAAAAACAGUUAACCCUUUGUGACAGAAUGGCUCAAUAUUUUUAAUAAAGGCCAAUUGAAAAUAUGAUUUUUGCCAAA